AUGAAGGUGCUCCGCAACGCGAUCUCGGGCACGCGGAACCGGUACACGGACGACGGCUACGACCUCGACCUCACCUACAUCCACGACCGGGUCCUCGCCAUGGGCUACCCGGCGACGGGCAUGGAGAAGACGUACCGCAACGACGUCGCCGACGUCGCAUCCUUCUUGAACAAGAAACACCUUGACAAGUACCUCAUCUUUAACCUCAGCGAGCGCCACUACGACAAGGCCAAGUUCAUGCAGCGCGUCGAAGAGUGCGGCUUCCCCGACCACCAUCCACCGCCGCUCCAGGUGCUCCUCGACAUCAUCAAUCGAAUGGCGGCCUGGUACAUGGCGGACGAGGAGAACGUGGUCGUCGUGCACUGUAUGGCCGGGAAGGGCCGUACGGGCGUCGUUGUCACGUGUUUUCUCAUCCUCAUUGGGUACUUUGAACGCGAGUAUGGCUUGAGCAUUUACCGCCAGUCGGACGAAGCGCUCGUCGACUACGUGCGUACGGUGAACGGCAUCUUCUGGAAGCGGCGCGGCCAAGGCGUCCGGUACCCGAGCCAAGCGCGGUACAUCUACUACUUUAUCAAGCAACUCGCCGAGCUCCGCGCGCCGCCCGCCCACUUUCAUUACCGCCUUCCAGACCUCCCACCGGCCUCCCACCUCUUUCUGCGACAAAUUAUCAUGACGGGCGUGCCCAACUUUGACAAUGGCGGGUGCACGCCGUUUUUGCACGUCCUGCCUGCGCCGUCCGAGCACAUCAAGACGCCGAUCGUAUACAACAGUGCGUGGGACUCGUCUGCCUUUGUGAGCUACCCGUCCGACCCGAUGACCCGCAUCGUCUUCCAGACCGAGUGCCAUCUGCAAGAGUCGCAAAUGUGCCACGUCACAUUGCACACGGACUUUCUCCGGCACACGAUGCUCCGCGGCAACAACCCCAAGAACAGCGUCACUCUCUUCAAGCGAGACAUUGAUGACGCCGAUGGCAACAAGCGCUUCCCCGACUCGUUCUCGAUCGAGCUCGUGUUUGAAAUGACACCGACCGACGAGCCGCACGCGCCGAGCGUCGCCGUCUCGCCGCUCUCGACGUCCAUGUCGACGCACACGGUCAAGCGCGGUUUCCUCGUCAAGCAGGGCGGCUUUGUCCAAAACUGGAAGCGCCGCUGGUUUGUUCUCAAGGACGGCCGCCUCACGUACUACAAGUCGGAGGAGAAGCUGCAGCCGCUCGGCUACGUGGCGCUCGAGGGAGCGACGAUCGAAGCCUGCAACGGCCGCGACGCCAAACUGCCGCGCCAUGGCUUCUUCUUCAAGGUGGACCCGCCCCAAUGCGCGCAAAAGAAGCGCGUGUACUACCUCGGCGCCGAUACGCUUGACGAGAUGCACGACUGGAUGCGCCUGCUCAAGGAGCACUGCGCGUGCGUGCCACCGCUGCUCUUGUACCGGUCGUCGUCGUCGUCGAUCUCGUUCCCCAAGCAAAUCAAGUCGGCCGAUGCACACACGCUUGGUCACAAGAUGAGCCAGACCUUCAUGAAUGGCCCGUCGUCGGCGCCGUCAGUGGUCGAGAAGCAGCGAUCGGCGCACCGGAGUUCGCUGCCGACGCGACCGACCAACUGGACCAGCCAGCGCUUUGACGACUACGUGGACGACGAUCUUCGCGGGUCGCUUCCGUCCGGUGUCGACAGCUACUACCACUAUGUGUACUCGACGGACCAGCUCUUGACGGCGAGAGAGCUGCAGCGCCACCUCAAGGCCACGCACGAGUUCGAGUCGUUCCGGCGACUUCCGCGCGCCGAUGCGAUGCAGAUCAUGCUGCUGCUCGUCGUCGAGAUGUACCCGAGCCUCCUCGAUGCGGCCGAGGACGACGGUGACAACCUCCUCGACAUGAUUGCCGAUCGAAGGGACUUUUAA